UUUUCUAGCUCACAACUUUUUCUGUGGGUAAACAAUCACAUUCGAAAAUAUUUGAAAUUUUAACACUUCAAGUGCAACAAGACAAUUUUUUGACCAAGAAGGAUCUGCCGAUACACCGGCCUCUCCUCAUUUGUUUUUAAAAUAGGAGACCAAGUUAGCAACCGAGCUACUGUGUUAAAUUUAAUUGUUUUAACAUCGAAAUGUUAUGCAAUAGUUCAUGUUUUUUAUUACUUGAGGUUGUUGUUGAUGUCGUUAGGGUUCAGUUUGAGAAUUCAGAGAGCUGGGGUGGUUAUUAUUUGGUCUGUACAUUGUUGUCCCUUGUUUGAGAGCAGCAGGAUACCUCAAAACGAAAUUGCUAUUGAUCAAAUACGUUUUCGUCGGCGUCCAAUAAAUUGUCUAGUGCGAUACAACGAACUUGUAAAUUGCUGUUAUUUCCCAAGUACUAAUUCAGCCCAUUGACGUUCCAGAAUAGCUAUAACCAUCACAACUAAAUUGAUCACCGUCUGUUGCUUUGAGUGGCGCGUAAAAAUGUAAUAUUAUUGCAGCAGAAAUCCAUGUAGACUGAGCCAUAUACAACAGGCUACAACAUUUUGUUGCGCAUGCGGAAAAUUACAUAACGCCCAAAACGCCCGUCUACACUUAUAUUGACUGCUGUAUUCUGGUUUGUGCGGGUUUGUGUGACUUAGACUUGUCAAGUUGGCUGGGAAUGAAUGAAACCAAUUCUACUGCGGCCAACGGCGAUGUCGUGUCUUCAUCCGCCCCGAAUUACUUUGAUGUGCCAAUCAUGGCGCUGUCUCUCACAGUCACUCAAAUUGUCUUCCGGCUCUGUGUCGUUGGCGUCGGGAUGGUGUUGAAUUGCGUCGUUUUUCUCGUGGUGAGCUGCUCGAGACAAUUGCGCUAUCCGCGUCACAUUUUCUGGGCUGCAGUGUCGUUGGUCGAUUGUCUUUUUCUAUCUCAGUGUGUCCUGGAACUGGGCGUCAUUGUCAAUCACGAUCGAUUGGCUUGCCGAUUCAACGUUUUCUUGGCUUUCACCGACUACUCGAUCCUGUUGCUCUUCCUUUCACUGGCCGCUCUCGAUCGUUACUUGGCCAUCGCUUUUUACGAAAAGUACAAACGCAGUGUCACCAACCGAGCCGUCGUCCUGCUACUCUUGAGCACCUCGACUUUGACGUUUGCCAUCAUUACCAGCCCGUUUUGGACGGGCUCCAGAUCCGUCAAUAGUUGCACAAUCAAUUUGUCUCAAAUGCACUGGGUUUUUAUCUGGAAUUCCAUUUUGGGAAUGGUUUGCGUCGUUCUCCACGUCACCACCUUCGUGAAAUCCAGGGCAAUAAUCCGCCAGCAUUUUCCGAAACGUCGCCAACAACCGCCCAUCACGCUCAGAUUCGUUAAUCAUUCUUCAGUCCAUCCGCCGGCUGACCUCAACUCUGCAAACGUACGCGGUGACCUGAUGACAGCUCGAGGAGUUUCGGUAACAUUGCCACAAGAAAAUAACCCGCACCGGUUGAAAGUGAACGAUAAAAUUGAUCACCACCGGGAAGACGAUUCCCAAUUACCGCCGUCUUUUGAUCGCGUCGACACCAACUGCUUCUUCCCCUGGAUGCAGGGUCGCUCGAAAGUCAGCCGACUCGAACUCCAGACCACAAUCAACAUGUCCAUCAAUGUCCUUCCGUUUUGGCUUUGCACUUUUCCCAUAUCUUGCACGUCGAUUGCUAUUUACUGGUGCGUCCAGCUCAGGGGUGACUGCACCAUCCUGGGUCUAAUCAUGUCCUACUUGCGCGACGCCUUCCUACUCCACACUAUUUACAAUCCCGUGAUGUACAUGUGCUCCAGCUCUAAAUUCUGGCGAGCCCUUCGUCAUUUUGCGUGGAAAGUGAAAAAUGGAUGCGCUUUCCAUGCAGAAGUGAAUGCCAAUUGAUUUUUAUUCACAUUCGUCUUACAUUAGUUUUCGAUUAGUUUUCGUCAACGGGAUUCGUCAUAUUUUGCUAAUUUACCUUUCGUGAUGAAAGAAAAAUAUAAGAUGGCUAUACGUAAAUGACCACCCAUUUAUAUAGUUUACCUUUGUUUUUAAAUUUAGCUUUCCGACGAAAUAAUAUAGGCCGCCCACAUCCUUGGCAACGAAUAUAACUGCGCCAAGCUUAGUUCAAUGGAAAUGUCGUAAUAGAUUUAUGGGUUUUCAGCAAACUCUCGUCGCAAAGUAGCUACCGCGUCAUUGAAAAUCAAGAUUGAGUUGCACGGAUUUAAAAUUGAACGAAA